AUUUUGUCCCAUACCAUUGAAGUUGGAAAUACCACCAAACUUUCUCUUCUCAACAUGGGCGUCUUUCACCAUGAAGAGGCACCGAAUCCUUCUAAGAAAUGCAAGUUCCUUGCUGCAACUUUGAAGGAUGUGUUUUCUAAUUGCAGUACUUGUGGUGGACGGAUUUCAACUUCAAGCCCUGAGGAAGAGUAUCCAACUGCUGACGUUGAUGAUGAGCAGGAAGUUAUUGUUUCAGAAAUUCGAAGCAGAGCCAUGGAAAAGUUGAGGCAUAAACCCUUUAUUUUCACAGACAGCUUUUCCUGGGUAUACUCUCCGAAAACAGGAGAAUUGUUUGUAACCCCGAAGGCUGUUCAACAAAAGGAUGACGGCAACGAUGACAACGAUGAAUAUGAUGAUACAAGAGAGGAAUUUUUCUCUGUUGGGAGUUGUUUAUCCUGUUGUUCAAGUGCUUUGAGCAGGGAAGCAUUUGUUUCUGCCAAGCCAAACUUCUCUCGAUGUUCAAGUUUCAACGAGUUUUGUUUUCCAGAUUUUCCAAAGCGCUCGAUACUCCAGGAGUUCUGUCACUGUCAGGGAUGGCCAUUCGGUCUAUGGAGAAAGGCUGUGUUGCUUCCACCUUUGCCCAAAUCCCCUUCUGAAUCUUGGUCCUGGCGCAAAGGUGCUAGAAUUGUUAAGAUGGCUUAAGAGUCAAGAGCAUCUUCAUCCUUUUGUUUUUUUUAGCCUUGGCAAUGGAAAGCAAGCAUGCACAUCAAGAUUAAAGAAUAAAUAACAAGGUUUCGCUUAUGAGAAACCGUUUUUAUA